ACUUGAAGUGAAGCUGAAAAAGGAGAGCUGGGGGCCCUGGAGCAGUGCUGGUUCUCGACAAGUGCAGUUUAUGCAAGGCCAAGGAGAAAUAGCCAUUCUCAAGCCAAGUAAUAAAGUGCUGCAGAUCAGCAUCGGCCCAGGACUACCAAAGAAUUCCCGUCCUACGAGACGGAGCCUUACCCAAAGUAGAGGGUAUUCCAACAGGGCACAAAGUCAGACUUACCCUAUGAGAGCUGCACCACCUCCUCCUGGUCAGCAGCAAAAUGGAGUGAUAAACCCCCCUCAGCCUGCAGCACAUCCUCACAUCCCAGGGAACCAACGGGGCAAUCAGAAAAACCUGUACACGAGUAUGACACGACCAGUUCUACCACAGCAAAUGUCAGGAGCAUCUGGAAGGAUUUCACAGCAACCAGAAAGCUUGGACUUCUUGAAAGUACCUGACCAAGGAGCAGCUGGUGUCCGCAGGCAGACGACGAAUCGUCCCCCACCAGCUGGGGGAAGGCCGAAGCCCCAGCCAAAGCCCAAGCCUCAGGUACCACAGUGCAGGGCACUGUAUGCAUAUGAUGCUCAGGACACAGAUGAACUCAGCUUUAACGCCAAUGAUGUGAUUGAUAUCAUCAAAGAAGAUCCUUCUGGCUGGUGGACAGGAAGACUACGAGGGAAACAAGGUCUGUUUCCCAACAAUUAUGUCACCAAGAUAUAAAAGACUGUCAAGAGAGAAAUUGGCAUGAAGUUCCCAGUGGUUGAAGGCAUUUUCCCUUGCCUUCAGGACAUUGUUCUUCCAAGAUCUGCCCUUCUCAGCAGUGUUUUCACCAGUAAAGUUGUACAUGAGCAGGAAGAGUUACCCACAG